AGUUCAACGAACGGAAACUAAAUUGACGCGAUCACACACAACCGCUUCACAAACCCAAUAACAACAGCGCUUUCAAUUAUGAUUAUUACUACUACUACUACUCUAUCACUAUAACGUCGGUCGCUCCAAAUUUCGGCGUAGUUUAAUUUCAAAUUUCAUGGUUUCUUCUUCGUCUCUUCAUUGAAACCAUAACAAUGGCUGAGAUCCAGAGUUGUUCCUCACAAUCAAAAUCAGAAGUAAUACCCAAUAAUAGGUCAAAUUUCGAUGCUUCCGAAACGACGUCGUAUAGUUCUUCCCAAUUUCAAAAACCUAAACCCAAAAAUAAGGAAAUACUCUGCAAACGAAGGAACCCUAGAGUCACUGUUCGCCGCGCAAGGGUGAAUAAUAUUGCCGCCAUUGGUUUUCCUCUCGGAAUGUCGUUCGCCGCUGUUAUGGCUCAGGUGUUGUAUAAAAGAGAUGCCGCAGCAGAUAGUAUGUCUCCCAGUCAUCUUUCGUCGAUGUGCACGUCUGCGAUCAAUGAAUCUUUAUCCAGUGUAUUUGGAGACAAGCUAGAUGGUUUGACAAAGAACUUUGAACAAUCUUUUGAUAGCACUUUGAGUACUCUUCGAUUAAUUUAUGAAUCAACGGCUAGCAAUGAAGGGAAUAAACUGAAUAACAUGAGGUUGGAAAUUCCAAAUUCUAAAUUGAAUGAAGGGAAUGAAUUGAAUACCAUGAGGUUGGAAAUUCCAAAUUCUAAAUUGAAUGAAGGGAAUGAAUUGAAUAACAUGAGGUUGGAAAUUCCAAAUUCUAAAUUGAAUGAAGGGAAUGAAUUGAAUAACAUGAGGUUGGAAAUUCCAAAUUCUAAACUGAACGAAGGGAAUAAAUUGAAUAACAUGAGGUUGGAAAUUCCAAAUUCUAUAUUGAACAGAGUAAAUUGGUCACGUGAUAUUGUUAUUGAGGAUUGUCAAUCAGGGCCACUGUCUCACGUACAUGCUGAAAUCAUAGAUCAAUCAAUUAGUACUGAAGAAGUCAGGGAUAAUUUUCACGUGGAGUCAGUUACUCGUGAUCUUGCUUUGCAUGAGCAAUCAAACCAAAUGGUUUGUUUUUCUCCAACCUCUUCCGGAGCUGUAGUUAAUAAUUCAGUGAAUAGUACAUUUGAGAAGUCUGUUGUAGAGCAAUGCCGUUCUAAUGACCUCAAGGUUGUUGAAAUUGGUCUUACAAGGCAAAAAUUGAAACUCAAAGAGAUAGAUUUGGCUCUGCGCUACGAUUUAAAUGAUCUGGAGCGAUCCAAGUUAUCUAUGGAAGUAUCAAAGUCAUCUUUCAAAACUGAAAAGUUUAAGAAUCAGUUAGAAGAUACCAGAUAUGGUGAACUGAAUAAGAAGUGCAUAGACUGUCUUAUUGCUGGUCUAUUCAUUAUGUCAGCCUCACUUUUUUAUGGCGCUUAUGUUUAUAACUAUGAACGGUUUAUUGAGGCUGCUGAAUUGUGUGCUCCAGAAGAGGAAUCUUACUCCUGGUUUACUCCAAAGUCAGUAGCCUGGUUCAAUUCAAGUGUGCAUGUUUUUAUUUGCCGAGUUGGAGUUAUAAGCCGAAUGGUGUUUGGUUUCCUAAUGAUUAUUGUGGUUGCAUAUUUGCUCUUCCAGCGGGCAGCAACAUUGUCAUCACGAACUAUGCCAGUUACUUUCAUCCUCUUGAUGUUAUGUAUUGGCUGUGGUUACUGUGGAAAACUGUGUACAGACACACUGGGAGGGAGUGGUAAUGUUUGGCUCUUAUAUUGGGAGAUUCUAUGUUUGCUACAUUUCGCAUUUAUAUGCUGGACGCCUGCUUUGUAUCGAAUCCUUCAUGGACCAAUUGAAGUAAUGCAGACAAAGGAAGGUAAUACAAUUUUUCGGUAUUGGAUUCGUCGGUUGCUGUUCUAUGUUAUUUUGCUUGUUGUUCUGCCAUUGUGCUGUGGCCUCAUGCCUUUUGCUAGCUUAGCUCAAUGGAAAGACCAUUUUAUGUCGAAGGUGAUAACCGGAUCAGAAUGGUAAAACAUUUUUUGGUCAUGUAAACUACAUAUUUUUGUGUAAAACAUGAGCAGCUUAGCUUGUGGUAAGCCAACUUACAAAGCCCCAUCUAUUGUAUUUGCCUGCAGCUAGUUUUGUUUGGCUCAUUUUUGUUAAUUAUUUUAUCUAACGUUAUAAUGUUGAAAGUUACACUAGUAUUGAUCUAUUAUUGUACAGCACCUUCUUUUUUUAUAAUAUAUCAGCUUUUAUUUAUCAUUCAUUGUUACUAAAAACCCUCCUUUUGAAGUACAUAGUUUGAGAGUUUUGGUUUCUAAAGUGUUUCGAAGUUCAAUGGUCUUGAAUAUGACGACUUUAUCAGGUGAUAAUGGAUUUUAGUUUACAAAAAUAAGUCUUUGGUUCUCAAGUUUGCUCUUACUCUCUAUUAUUUAGAAUAUACACUAUAGGAUAAAAUGAGAGUUUAGAAGUAUCAAAGACAAUGCACUCACAUUGAUGUAACAAUGGCUGGAUGUAAAUUGUAAUUUCUAUCUUCUGCAUUUGGUUUAUUGAUUUUUGUUGUUUUUUGGGUUAUCAGAAACACAGAAACAAUGAAAAUUAAUCUAACAUUAGCUAACAGAGCCAGCAAUUCUGUCUGACUUGUUUCAUUUCAUAUUGAUUCUUCUAUUUUCGGUAUUUUUGUGAUUUAUUUUUGGAUUGAGUUUUCUAUGUUUUAAGAUGAUUUAAAAUGCAUAAAAUGAUAUAUGAAAUUCAUAGAAUGAACUGGGUUGAAGAAAAUACUAAACUGUGAUUCCAGGACCCUUCAUUUUCUAAAGAAUGUGUUCUACCUAAUAGAUCAUACAUUGAUAUUUGAGUAAUCUGUGCUAUUACUUAUAUAUAACUAGAAAAAUAUCUGUGUUGGAACACGGAAUAAACCGAGUUUUGCAUCCAAAGGGUAUUUCUCCUAUUCUCAUUAUUGGAUUUCCUUCAAACAAUAUUUAUUUUCCUUUGUUUUUAUUGGAGGAUCCCACUACUUGCCAUUCAGUUUC